AUGGAUGACCACGUCGAGACAGAGUCAAGGGCUUCUCCCAUUCUUCGCUCGCCGUCGCCCUCUCCUUCCAUCUGCCCCACCCCGGCCAUCUCGUCAUGUCCCUCGCCGGACCGCACCUUCUCGACAGUGUCAUCCGUGUCCAACUUCUCCGCCAACUCGGGAGAUGCCCGCUCCUCCGUCUCUGCCUCUUCGCGGAGACGGGGCUAUAUCCGUCCUCAGGGCGUGGAAUUCGCGGAAUCAGCCAAAAACAGGGAGAGUGUGAUGUGUCUGGGCAGCAUCGCCCACCUGCAAUACUAUUUUGCAAGGACGGGCUUGUUGGAUGGUAAGGGGGCUCAGAUGGCGCGUCCUGGGAAGAAACUUGGGAAGAAGGAGGUCCCGAAGCUCCUGCUCACCCCGCAGGACGCUCAGUUUGGAGAGAAUUUGGUCGAGAGUCCGACCGAGGAAUAUGCCGAACCCGAGGAUGGGGUUGCUUUCGAUGACGAUGACGAUGAAGUCAUGCUCCCUCCGACGGUGAGCACUUACAGCGUCAAGCCACACAACGUUCCCCCUCCGCCAGAUUUGCAGGCCCUCCGGAAGGACCUGGUAGAGGCGUUGGACAAGGCCUCACUGUGUGUCCAAGCAUCAGAGAACAAUUCCCAAGCGCGUCGAAAUUCGAAGUCUUCGCAAACGACUCUUUCACCUCAGGCUGAGAGGACAACCGCGUCGGAGCCCGGCCAAGGUUCCUCGGAGAGCCCCGCGUCGACAAAACCCAUGGGCUGGCAUGAAAUUGAAGGAAUGAAAAUCCUGGAUGUGGUCACGCUGGCUAUUCGAGCAGCUCGGAUAUAUUACACCUCCCACGAGCGACCCGACCGUCUGGCCUCCAUCAAGAGUGAGAAGAAGAUCCGAGAGGAGCUCUUCGAGGUCCUGGACGUGUUGAAAGGAUGGGCCUCGCGGAACUUUGCGGGUGGGCUGAGGAACGACGAACGAGCGGCGAUCCUGGACUGGAUGUCAGGGGUCUUGAUGAUUCUGGAUGAGGAGCGCCGCCUGGAGGACCUGGAGGCCCAGGAACGAGCCAAUUGGACAUGGAUGAAGGGCGACUGGACCGGCCGAGAGCGUGAGCGCGAAGAGCUGUUCCUCCAGACCUUGAUGAAGGGCGUGGGGCCCCCGCUGCCGCGGUGGACGUCUCCGGACGAGGGUCCUCUGCCGACACCGAUGCUGGAGCGACUCCGGGACGGUCGAGAUCUCGUCCGCAUGCACAAUCAGGCGCUCCGGAAGUCUCGACGGUUUUUCUGCGAGAUCAAGAGCUUCCACGAGGACGUUGCUAAGCCCUACCGCCGGGCAGAAAACCUCCGGUAUUGGAAGAAAGCAGCCGAACUGCGCUGGGAGAUCAAACUCGAGAUGGACGUCAUGGGCGUAGUCUACGGCAGCAGUGACGAUGCGUGGAAGCAGUUUGACGCUGCCCUCCUUGCCUGGUGCAAAGGGGUCCGGGAGGAAAUUACACGAGACUGGAGCGACGACCCCAAAGCGUCGACGUCAGUCCCUCCCGAGGCAGAUGGGCCGGGUGUUUCAGGCGUUGUGUCGAGGCAUCAUGGGAUAGUGGCUUCUGGUCCAACUGGAGUGUUUCCAGCCGAUCCUGUACCGUGGACGGUGUUGAUUGGAACUGUAUCUAUCUCCACACGCAUCACACAGAGCGACCUGGGGCCAUUAUUGGGAAUGAAUGCAUGUGCUGGCAGCCAGGCAAUCCGUCAGAGACGAGGCACUGUGUUUCAGGACCUGGGGACAGGGCAGCAGUAUAGAAACAGGAUGAUUUCCAGCGCGAUCGGACGACGAGUUCGUCGAGUCUGCACAAAAAUUAUUAUGGGCUCCGGCGAGCACUGGGAUGCCCAGACCGCCCCCCGACGCGGAAUUGCUCUCCCUCUGCCCUCGCUCCCCUUCCUCCUGACGAGCCGCCGCAGUGUGUUCCACAGCCAUGUAGAUCCGUUCAGUCGCUCGCUCGCCAUCCGACAGCGUGUCCUCGAGACCGUUGUUGACAGAGUCCAGUCGUAUCGGGUCUUGGGGCCGAGUGAGCGUGCUGACAGGCGGCCUGCAGGCCCUCGCCUUUGCGCCAACAUUCCAGCUGGCGAUCGCGUCCUCGCUACGCCGCCAGUUCACCAGCCGACCUCCACGAUCACCGCCAUCCACCGCUUCCACUUGCACGCAUCGCUAGCCGCAGACGGGACUCGGGGUUCGGGCGAUAGCCGCACGGAGAUCGUAUCCAUGCCCGCGAUAUUCCCCGGCUCUGGCUCCCCUGCGACGACGACGACAACAACAACGACAGCAACAGCGUCUGCCGACUCUGCCACCCCUGCCUCCGCAGCUGGCUCUUCUUCCUUGAAGUCGUUGACCAAAAAGUUGUCCGCACCGCAGCUGGCCCAGCCCUCCUCGUCCUCGUCCUCCUCCUCCUCCUCCACCGCCGAUCCCAAGCAGCCGUCCUCUCCCUCCUCGACGCUCAACCCCAACUCCCUGUCCCGACGCUUCAAGCCCAAGGGUGACGGCAGCAACAAUAAUAGCAGCAGCAAGGAUCAGCCCACCGACGAUCCCCCUCGCACGUCGAUUUUUCGCCGUCUGUCCCCCGGUCUGGCCGCGCGGGUCAAACUGCUCGACGGGUCUGCCAGGAAUUCGUCAGCCCAGCAGUCUCGCAACCGGAGUCCGGUAGGGAGGAUCCCGGCGGAUCAGAUUCGGGAGUUGGACAAUCUCCACCAGGAUCUAUCGAUCAAGGUCGAGAAACGGGGCCGAGCUUGGGCGGGAUCCCGACCUCUGAUCAAGCGGGAGAGAAGUGCCCCCAGUUUACUGAACUCGCAGACUACGAAGGACAAGGAGGAAGCUGUUCCGUCGAUUGCGUCUCCUACGGCCGAUUCGACCGUCACAGUCGAAUCUUCGUCGCAUCUCGAUCCUGCCGUCUUUACGCCUACGUCUAGAACACAAGAGUUUGCUGUGAACACCUCUCCCGCCCCUGACAAUUCCACCGACGCCAGCGUAUCCCACGGGGGUGCUGCGCCGGCCAUGGCCGCAGUUGAACCGGUGAUGGCGCCGCAGGGCGCCUCCGCAGAGUCCAACUCGACGUCCAACGGCAUCGAGUCGACGCAGGGUUCGACGGACCUGGAGGAAUAUCUCAAACGCAGCACCCUGGCCGAUUCGGAUCAGCCCCCGCCCCCUCCUCCGAAAGACACGCCUCCUGCCCCGUCGACGCCCUUGGCGACCAAUGUCCAAUCGUACUUUAACCCCCUAGGUCUCCACCGUGCAGAGUCGAUCUACUCUUUCUCCCGAGCGUCCUUCAGCAACCAACUGUCCCAGCUGACCUCGAUCAACCUUCCGCAGCCGUCGUCACUUGAGUCGAGCAUCACCUCCAUCCCGACCGCCCCUGCCGCCGUGAAGGCCCUCAAUGGGGCCGCAGAACAGAUACAGAAAUGGAUCAACAAGGCUGCCGAAGUGCUGAGCGGGAUGGAUGCGGAAGACGAUGUGGAAUGGGCCGCUGCAGGUGGAAGGGAGGGCUUGGAUGAAGUGGACAAAGCCGUCACCAAGUUUGAGAGUUUGGUCAAUGUCUACGUCAAGGCGAUUGAAAAUGUGCAGUUGCGAGAGGAUAUUGGGAGCGUCACCGCCGAAGAUCUGAAGACGAUUGUGUCCCAGAUGGAAAGCACCCUGAAGAACUGGGCCGAGAUAAGGGCGCAGCUCAAGGGGGUCAAGGAACAGGUGGAGCUGGCAAUGGAGUGGGAGGAACUGUGGACGGUCGUCCUGGGCGAUGUUGGUCUGGAAAUCGACGAUCUCAGCCGGCUGGUCUUUGAAAUGGAGGAAAACAGACACAAGACCCUCGCCGAGCAGGAUGCCGAGCCCAGCAGCGGAUUGGACAUCAACGAGCUCGAGACGAUCGUGGAGGAAUCUCCGUUUCAGGGAACGUCAUCGUCAACAAAGCGAUUCAGUCUACUUGACACGAGCUCCUCGUUUGAUACCUCCGCCGCCGCAACUACGAAUAACCCUCAUGACGACGCGAAUCUGAUGCAGUUGUUUGCGCGCAUGCAGCCCCUGAGGGCUUCUUUGGAUUUCCUUCCCAUGAGGCUUUCGAUGUUUCAGUCCCGAGCGGAGAAGGUGUUUCCAACGGCCUGUCAAGAAUUGGAGGAUCGGAGGCAGAGACUGGAAAAGAGCUACAAGAAACUCGAGGCUGACGCCGAAGCUCUCCGGCGAGAGUUGGGCGAGGACCGAUGGAUCCUGGUCUUCCGAAACGCGGGCCGGCAGGCGCAGAAGAUGUGCGAGUCGGUGGAACGAAGCAUCGGAAAGCUGCAGGAGUCGCUCGAGGCGGGCGAUCACGUCAACAACCCGACGGCCAUCACGAAGAAGAUCGAGAGCUACGAGGCCAAGAAGAUGCACUACAUCCCGGCCAUCGACCGAGUCUUGUCGAUCAUCCAGAAAGGCGUCAACGAUCGCCUGACGGUCAACGGGGAGAUCCUCACGUUGCUCUCGGACAUGAAAUCGAGGGUGGACGCUCUCAAGGCGAGCAUGAAGGUGAUGGACGGGUUGCUCGAGGAGACGCCCAUCAGCAAGAGCCAACAACUGCGCGAUUCCAUAUCCAGUAUUAUCACGAUGGACAGUCCUGCCACCGGCAGUGCCAUUGGCACUCCUGGCAGCUCGCCGGCAUCCUCGGUCAUCAUAGGUGGCAACGGGACCAUCCGUGGUUCCUCGACGCCCAACGUUGGCAGCUCCAGCAGACGGGGCAGUUCUGUCGGUAGCACCGCUCGAUCGACCACGGCUACGAAGGCCCGACGAUACUCUGGACUGCCGCAACCAACGUCGUCGUCGAAUUUGAGCGUACGAAAGUCGUCGAUCCCUCGUGCUUCGGUGUCGUCUUCGAUCCCCUCCCCGACGACGACGACGACGAGCCAGAGCAGCGUGGCGACGACGACUCCGACACCAGGAAAGCGCGUUUCCCGGAAUCUGGCUCCAGCUCCGACAUCCAACAAACCGCGUUGGAAUAACAGUGCGAACACGAACGAUCUCGAUGUCGGUCAUAACUUCAAACCUCUUUCCCUCACCACUCCGUCUCCCUACCGAAAAGAGCCACCUCCCGCUCGCGCAUCCCGCUCCGUCUCGUCGAAUUCAUCUCUUCCGGUGCCCAGUCCGUUGAGUCGUGCGACUUCGACCUCUCCGGUGCCCGGUGGGAGGACCGCCAGCCGUACUAGCAGCCGUCCUGGCAGCCGGCUGACUGUGUCUCCGACGCCGGAUCGUAUGAGGUCGCCGUCUUCUACAAGCUCAGUACUGGACCCGCCGCCGUACAGCAAGCUUCGAAAGCAGCCAUCUUCGACGGGCCUGGCGACGGCACCUCGGAGUCGGCAGAGCUAUGCGGGCACGCCAGCGAGUCGAGUCGACCAAGACGGGGGAACUGGCGGAAACAAGCAGUCCCGACCGGGGACGGCUCUGGGUCACUCCAGUCGGCGCAGCAGCUUGAUUCCGCAGCCCAAGCAGCAGAAUCGCAGUUCGAAACUUGAUGAACGGCCUCCAUGGAGAUGA